CUACCCCAUCUACGAAUUCCUACUGUGUAACUCUGUGUUCCUCAGGAGACGUGAAGUCAGGCACGAUAUUGGGUUUACGGCCCAGCUGGUCCCUGGAUGAGUAAGUAAUGGCAUCUUCUGACCUGAUCAUAUAUACGGGCGUCUUGCGCAGGAUGACACCGACAAACUUAUACGUUGGUCUUUUACUUCGUCACUCCUUCUCGCCAUCGCCACCAUGUCGUCGUCUGCACCAGCAUCGACAAACUGAGCGGCGAAAUCAGUUGCACAAACAACAGCAGCCCCUACUUCUACUCUACCUGGUACUACUUCUCCUAUCUUCUCCUACUAGUCAGCCACCCUCUAUUUCAACACCAAGUAUUUUUCCCCCUCUCCUUCUCUUCUUCCGAAUCAACAUCCAGUACUUACUGACUGUUCAUCGGUUUCUACCGUUCCACAAUAACACCACCAACAACACCCACAACACCCACUACGACACCCACAUCUUCUAUGUCAUCUUCCUCGUCCAGCAACGUACAAACGACUUCCUUUACUAUGAUUACAACACCAACUACAACCUUUAUGACCUCCGUGUCAACAACGGUACCUACAACGAUAACGUCAAUAGAUCCAUACGGAUCAACAAUCACAAUCACCACCGAGAUCUCCACGACAACUUCUAUCCCUGUCCCAACUCCCACUUGCAUACAUGACUCAACCAGCAGUGUUAUUGUCCUAAUCGGCGUCUUAUUGCUCUAUUGCUUCUACCCAUGCAGUGACAGACGUCGAGACAAGUUAGAGAGAAACUUGGACCCCUCUGAUGUUGUAUCCCAUCCCUCAGGGGGCGGAGCCCCACCCCAAGUCGACCUCGGCGACGAAAUAGAGGUUACUCCCUACCCUGACCGUGACGGAAGCAUGCCCCAGUACAGAGAAAGCCCCUUCUUCGCUGCUGGCGCGAGUGCCACUGCAGCAGGAGCAGGUAUUCACCGCACAACGCCACCACUCAGCUCUCCUUCUCAGCACUCCGACGCCGCCACCUCUCCCGGCGAGGGGUACCCCUCUCAAGGCUUCGUACGCUCAGGCCUGGGCCAGUACCUCCAAGGCGGGCCGAACACGUACGCACUGCUGCAGCAAACAGACUUGGACAACCCACGACCGCUCACACGCCCCGCCCCAAGCGUCAGCAACACCUCAAGCGGUCGUGAGAUGAACGACCAAGAAGCUGCUGCUGGGCGUCAGGGGCUCGCGCUCACUACGCAGCAAGAAGUUGAUGGGGAAGGGUCAGGUGUUGAACACCACGAUGCGGGUCAGGCGCAAAACGACGAAGGAGGUGAAGAGCCGCGAGAUGUACCGCCUGCGUAUGAGUCUAUUAGGCCGUAGACUUGCGCAUGCUCAAAAACGCACGAGCAUGACCCGUGAAUCUGAAUCUGCGAUGCCACCCCCUACCACGUUUCAUGUGUACGCCACGAUGGACACACUACUUUUGGACGUUCAUACAUAUGUAAAGUACAUCAUCAUGAUCUUUAGACCAUUCAUUCACUUGUUUCAUUAUUUUGACGGGUGUUGUCGGUGUCGUUGGUAUUCUGUUGAGGCGUGGCGGCUGAGUACUCGGUCAAUUUUUCUGUAGUAUUACCAGCAUACGUAUUCGUAUUUCAUGCACACAUUGUCAUAUGAUUUUUCUUUCACUCGUUUUACUCUACAUCAAUGCAAAUUGCGUAUAUGAUAUUGACAUUGUUGGUAAUGUAU